CUAGCACAGGCUUCAGCUGCGGCCUAGAAGAGUAUGGAGUCUACAUAACUACAGCAUUGAAGAAAGAAGCCUACAGUUCCUGAACGUGAUACUAUGGACUCCUCCAACAAAAAGCAUGGAGUCCAUAAACUCAGUCAUGAAAUUUCAAGAUUAAGUUCUGAAAAUGAUCAACUUCGGAAAAUGGUGGGCCUCAUGCAAGAAAACGUUGAAUUACGUUUUGUACUACAGGAACAUGAAGACCAUGUCAAGUCAUUCUCACCACCUCCACCAGCCGAACAAAGCCAAGUAACUGAUUCCUCGAAGGAUGAUGCUUCCAGCUUUGUAGAUGACAACAAAAGCCUGCAGAAGCCUGUAUACAACAGCAGCCUGAAUAUGGGGGGCCUUGGGAUAAGCAGCCACUGUGACAGGCACAGGAGUAAACAAGUGUCCAUGAAAGGAUAUGAAACUUCAGGAAGUUCUUCUCUGCAGGAAAAUGAGAGCCGUAAGUCUUUCUCACCACCUUCACCAGCAGCAAAAAGACAAGCUGAUUAUCAACAAAUUGCUGAUUCCAUAAAGGAUGAUUUCAAAUCUGCAGAUGACAAGAGAAGUCUAUACAAGCCUUCAAAGAACAGAAGCCUAUACAUUGAGGGACAUGGGAUGAGCGGCCAUAUUGACAAACCAAGGAGCAAACACGUGUCCAUGAAAGGAUAUGAAUCUUCAGGAAGUUCUUCUGAUUCUCUCAGUGAUCAUCAUGGAAAAGAGCAAAGGAAACUUGUAAGCAGUGUCACCAAACUACUUGGUCACGAGAGAGGAACCACAGGAUCAAGCCAUUGCCUCCAAUUAGAGAGAAGAAUGGCACAUUACAAAUAGAAAACUGG